UCAGGAGAUUUAGACGACUGCAAAGAUGGCGUGUGUAUGGUGUUGUUAUGGAAUGGGAUAGUUCAUCAGAAGUCCUGUCCUUAUGUUUUGAUGAACGUUUAGAACUUCUGUUGACGUUAGCUACUAAUAUUAGCUACGGUCAGAAUGGCAUAUGGAUACCUUCGCUUGUCAAGAGGUUGCAGGAAUCUUUUCAAAGUUCUGCUGCCUCAAAACGUAACAAGCAAUGCCCGACUGGUCUCAAGCUAUGCUGAUGCCCAAAUAGCAAUCGAAAGAGGGUCUAUACUUGCCAAGGUCUUGGGUGCCUAUCAAAGCCUUUGCUCCAAACCCCCCAAAGGUUUUGAAAAGUACUUUCCUGAAGCUAAGAAUGGUCCAAAGAGUAGCGAACCUAACACAUCCAGUGGAAAUACACCCAAAGAGGCUGAGCCAGCCAAUGGACAGAAAGCCACUGAAAAAUCUGUUGGAGGAGGAGCUGGUGGUGGGGGAGGAGCUGGUGGAGGAAAGAGAGGAGGCCGAAAGGAGGAAUCUACUUGGUAUAGCCGGCUUCAGAAGGGUGAUGUGCCGUGGGAUGACAAAGAUUUCCGUAUGUAUUUCCUGGGUGGGACAGUCUUUUGGACAGUUGUCACAUACUACUUAUUUUUUCGUGAUGGGGGAAGAGAAGUUACUUGGAAAGACUUUGUCAAUAAUUACCUCUCAAAAGGAGUGGUGGAUCGGUUGGAGGUUGUAAAUAAGCGCUAUGUAAAAGUGGUGUUUUCUCCCGGGAAGACUCCUGUUGAUGGACAAUAUGUAUGGUUCAAUAUCGGCAGCGUAGAUACAUUUGAGCGUAAUCUGGAGACUUCACAGUAUGAGAUGGGAAUUGAGGGUGAGAAUCGCCUGCCAGUGGUCUACUCCACAGAGAGUGACGGCUCCUUCCUUCUGAGCAUGCUCCCAACCGUGCUCAUCAUUGGCUUCCUGCUCCUCAUGCUACGACGGGGGCCUGCUGGGACGGGCAGACCGGGCCGAGGCAUGGGCGGUCUCUUUAGUGUCAGCGAGACCACUGCCAAGGUGAUCAAGGAUGAGAUCGACAUCAAAUUCAAAGAUGUGGCCGGCUGUGAGGAGGCCAAGCUGGAAAUCAUGGAGUUUGUGAACUUCUUGAAGAACCCCAAGCAGUACCAGGAUCUGGGUGCAAAAAUUCCCAAAGGUGCCAUUCUGACAGGACCACCUGGGACAGGGAAGACCCUCCUCGCCAAGGCCACUGCUGGAGAGGCCAACGUCCCUUUCAUCACCGUCAAUGGCUCAGAGUUCCUAGAGAUGUUUGUUGGCGUAGGCCCUGCCAGGGUCAGAGACCUGUUUGUCUUGGCCCGCAAAAAUGCCCCUUGCAUCCUCUUCAUUGAUGAAAUUGAUGCUGUGGGACGCAAGCGUGGAAGAGGGAACUUUGGAGGCCAGAGCGAGCAGGAGAACACACUGAACCAGCUGCUGGUGGAGAUGGAUGGGUUCAACACUGCAACCAAUGUGGUGGUACUAGCUGGCACCAACCGACCUGAUAUUUUAGACCCUGCACUGAUGAGACCUGGACGCUUUGACAGGCAGAUUUACAUUGGUCCCCCUGACAUCAAGGGUAGAGCCUCCAUAUUUAAAGUGCACCUGAGGCCCCUAAAACUGGAUCCAGAGAUGGACAAAGAAGCUCUGGCCAGAAAAAUGGCUGCCCUAACUCCUGGCUUCUCUGGUGCUGACAUUGCUAAUGUGUGCAACGAAGCUGCUCUCAUCGCCGCUCGCCACCUGUCUGAAGCCAUCAAUCACAAGCAUUUCGAGCAGGCCAUUGAACGUGUGAUCGGAGGUCUUGAGAAGAAGACCCAGGUCUUACAGCCAGAAGAGAAGAAGACGGUGGCCUACCACGAGGCAGGCCACGCCGUGGCCGGGUGGUACCUGGAGCAUGCAGACCCUCUACUCAAGGUGUCUAUCAUUCCCAGAGGGAAAGGUUUAGGUUAUGCACAGUACCUGCCUAAGGAGCAGUACCUGUAUACCAAGGAGCAGCUGCUGGACAGGAUGUGUAUGACACUGGGUGGGCGUGUGUCUGAGGAGAUCUUCUUUGGCCGCAUCACCACAGGGGCCCAGGACGACCUGCGGAAGGUCACCCAAAGUGCCUAUGCUCAGAUUGUGCAGUUUGGCAUGAACGCGAAGGUUGGCCACCUGUCUUUUGACCUGCCCCGGCAGGGUGAGAUGGUCUUGGAGAAGCCAUACAGUGAAGCCACGGCGCGUCUGAUCGACUCUGAGGUGCGCUCGCUCAUCAACGAGGCCUACGAGCGCACGAUGCAGAUUCUGUCUGAGAAAAAGACAGACGUGGAGAAGGUGGCACUACGUCUGCUUGAUAAGGAGGUUCUGAACAAAGAUGACAUGGUUGAGUUGCUGGGGCCUCGUCCAUUUGCUGAGAAAUCCACCUACGAGGAGUUUGUGGAGGGAACGGGGGGUAUGGAUGAAGACACUUCCCUCCCAGAGGGCCUCAAGGACUGGAACAGGGAGCGCAACAAAGACAAAGAGGAGAGCACAGAGGAGCAGGUGGCACGACAGAUCUCCGGAGGGAUGCCCUUCUAGACUUCCUGGACUCUUGGAGGGUUAUGGUGUGGCAAAAUGGAAAGCGGGAGACAUGGUAGAUUGAAUCAUCAGGCAGACCUCAACAUGGCCAGUCUUGAUGGUUUCCAGUGUUCUGGAUCUAUUUCAAGGAUGCUGAAUCAGGACUCUGAAUGUGACAACGUUGAAUGCCUGCCUCUUCUACCUGGGUCAUAUUGUCAAAAUAUGUCCCUGGGUGCUAUCAAGCAUCCUGGUGGGGAGGUCCUUAAACACCUAAUGAGAAAAAAAUAUAUAAAAUACAUCCAGUUUAGUACUGGUACUUGUUAGGAUGUAGGGCAAGAACGUUUUUUCUUUAUAAAUAAUGCAAAGGAUUUCCUACUAAGAAAGGAUGAUGUAGCUUGAUGACCUCGUUAAAAUGAAAAAGAAAUUGAAAUGAAAUCCACAGUUAUUUGUUUGAACUCCAUCAGUCUUAUCAAUAAACCGUCUAAAGAAUAUCAGGAAAUUUCAAUAUACAAAAUUGCUAAUCAGCUAAAAUGUAUCCCAUUACAUUACUAUAAAAAAAGUGAUUUACCUGUAACACUUUUCUUCAGUGACUGCUUCUUGACAUGCAGGCUUGCUU